AUGGCGGCCUACGAGAAGCACCAGCCGGAGGCUCCGCUGAACGCGGCGUACUACGGCCAGCCGAUCCCUCCGCCGCAGCCGGCGUACUACCCACCGCCGCCGCCGCCACCACCACGACCCGCCCCACGCCGUGGCGGCUGCGCGCGCUGCCUGCUCGGCUCCCUCGUGGCCCUUGUCGUCGCGCUCGGCGUGGCCGUCCUGGUGCUAUGGCUCAUCUUCCGCCCGGACAACCUCAAGGCCUACGCCGACUCCGCCACGCUGUCCCGCUUCGACCUCGGCAACGGCAACGGCAACGGCGGCGGUGACCUCCUCCAGUACAACCUCACCGUGGUCAUCCGCGUGCGGAACCCCAACCGCUUCGGGAUCCGCUACGACUACGCCGAGGCGCAGGCGUUCUACGACGGCGACCGCUUCGGGUUCGACCCGCUGCAGCCGUUCUACCUGGACAGCAAGAGCGACGCCAGGAUCACGGCCACGUUCGGCGGCUCGACGGUGGUAGACGACGACGACGCGCGGCGCACGUACAGGAGGGAGAACGGGGAGGGGUUCUACUACGUCAAGGUGAAGGUGUACUCGGACCUUAGCUUCAGGGUUAGGGUCAUCCGCCGGCAUGAUUUCAAGAGCAAGAUCACCUGCGUGCUGCGGUUGCCCGUGCCCGCUGCCGGUGGCAACGUCAACACCACGGCGCUGACAACGCUGGGGACGAGGUGCGACGUCGACUUCUGA